UAUUACUAGAAUCCGAGGAAGCUGCUUCGAUGCAGCAGUUGUUGCAACAGCUGCUACAGCAGCAGCAGCAGCAACAACAACAGCAGCAGCAACAACAACAAGAACAGCAGCAGCAACAACAACAACAGCGACAACAUCAAGAGGAAAUGCAACGAGCGUUGCAGUUCCUCUUUGAUGAGCUGCACAAGCAGCAGCAGCAGCAACAGCCGCAGCCGCAACAGCCGCAGCCGCAACAGCCGCAGCCGGAACAGCCGCAACAGCCGCAGCCGCAGGAGAUGCAGCCACAGCCGCAGCCGCAGCAGCUACGGCCAAAACGAAAAAAAAGAGGUGCCGGCCGCGCGCGGGCCCGCUGGCGAGCCCAGCGGGGCUUUUGGGGUGCUGGCCGAGGCGGUGACCGAGGUGGCAACGAUCGAGGUGGCGGCCAAGGUAGCGGCCGAGGUGGCGGCCGAGGUGGCGGCCGUGGUGGCGGCCGAGGUGGUGGCCGAGGUGGUGGCCGAGGUGGUGGCCGAGGUGGUGGCCCCACAUACAUAUACAACUACAAAUAUUACAACAUAUCGUAAAAAUAAAUAUUAUAAAAAAUACUUUAAAUCUUUUAAAUAUCUUUUAUUCCUUUCAUUAUUCCUUUCCUUUAUAUAAAUUAAAUGUGGUAUAAUAAGGCUACUGGCGAAGGUCCACGUAAAAAAACCUAACGCGCUAUUAGUGGCACCUCAUGGGUGGCGUGGAAGCCACUUAAAUAAUUAAAUAAAGCAUUAAACAGGUCUGGUAAGCUAGACUUUACAUCUAUAAAUAAUAGAUGUGUUUAAGCAACAAUUAAAAACUAGUCUGGCAUGCUAGACCUCACAUCUAUAAAUAAUUGAUGUGUUAAAGCAUUAAACAGGUCUGGUAAGCUAGACUUUACAUCUAUAAAUAAUAGAUGUGUUUAAGCAACAAUUAAAAACUAGUCUGGCAUGCUAGACCUCACAUCUAUAAAUAAUUGAUGUGUUAAAGCAUUAAACAGGUCUGGUAAGCUAGACUUUACAUCUAUAAAUAAUAGAUGUGUUUAAGCAACAAUUAAAAACUAGUCUGGCAUGCUAGACCUCACAUCUAUAAAUAAUUGAUGUGUUAAAGCAUUAAACAGGUCUGGUAAGCUAGACUUUACAUCUAUAAAUAAUAGAUGUGUUUAAGUAACAAUUUAAAACUAGUCUGGUAUGCUAGACCUCACAUCUAUAAAUAAUUGAUGUGUUAAAGCAUUAAACAGGUCUGGUAAGCUAGACUUUACAUCUAUAAAUAAUAGAUGUGUUUAAGUAACAAUUUAAAACUAGUCUGGUAUGCUAGACCUCACAUCUAUAAAUAAUUGAUGUGUUAAAGCAUUAAACAGGUCUGGUAAGCUAGACUUUACAUCUAUAAAUAAUAGGUGUGUUUAAGUAACAAUUAAAAAUUAGUCUGGUAUGCUAGACCUCACAUCUAUAAAUAGAUGUGUUAAAAAUUUCAAUAAAUUAAAUGUGGUAUAAUAGGGCUACUGGCGAAGGUCCACGUAAAAAAACCUAACGCGCUAUAUAGUGGCACCUCAUGGGUGGCGUGGAAGCCACUUAAAUAAUUUAAAUUUUUUUCAUUAAUCUUUUGCUAACUCGUCAGCUCUUUUUUAUUUGUGUAUUUAAUAAAUUAUUACAAAUUUUAUUAUUUAAUUUAUAUUUUUAUUGAAAUUAAUUUUAUUAUAAUUUUAAAGACAAUAAAUUACAUUAAUAGUAAAAAAUUAAAUAACAAAUAAUAAUAAAUAAUAUGAUUAAUGAUAUCGAUGAUAGAUAUCAAUUAAUCUGCUUAACGUCCACGCUUGAGAUGAGCGGGGGACGAGCGAGGGGAGGGCGAGCAUAAAUGCUUUCGUCGAGCAUCAACGUGCCCGCGAACGCACGUUUUCGUGGCAGCCUUGGAGAAAAAGAGACGGAUGUCUCUCUCUCUUUAAUAUCCGAGUAGUGGCAGACGCGGCGAGAACGGCCGAGCCGGCCCGAAAGCCGAGGCAUGAACGCGGCCGACUCGGUGCUCCGGGAGCACCCGAGGUGCCCCGAGAGUACCCGAGGUGCUAGCGGACUAAAUCUUGCACCACUGCUCCCAGGGCCACGCCGAAUUCCCGUGCGGGCCGCGUGCUCGUCUCUCCCGGGCACCGGUGGCGUCCUUCCUCCUUCCCCGCAUCGUCGUCGCUCUCUCUCCUCCUCUCUCGCUCUCUCGCCGCAUUCCAUCGGAAGACGGCCGCCG